CAUGUUGAAGACCAAGAGACGACCUGAAUCACCGGUGACGACCUUUUACUUUUUUCUUAAACGGCAAAGAUUUUAUAAGCACAAUCCAUAGCAAGAUUUUAGUUUCUUACUUCAAACAACGAAAGUAUCGCGAUCCUCCAACACAGAACAUGGACCGACAUCCUCGCCGUCGAAACCACGGCGGCAGUAGUCGCAAUGUAAACUCUACGUCGCAAACGGUUGCGAUGAUCGACGGCGCUGUAGUGAAAGCUCACUCUGAUCUUCUUGCUUCCGGCGAAACCAUAUCUGCAUGGAGAGUCUCACAGUCGGCGUUGGUGACACUGAAAGCCGUUUCCUUCGAAUCCUUGGGGUUUCAUAUGCAAAAUGUUCCCUCACUAUAUCGCUUGAUGAUCACUGAAGCAAAGGUCAACUCUUUUAUACAUUGUUUUGUUGGGGUCCAAAAGAUCACAUCACUACAUGAUUUGGAGACAGCAAUUUGUGAGAGUGAGGGAAUUAGUAGCUUUGAAGAACUUGAACUGGGACCCAUGUUAAAGCAUCCACUAGUGAUGCAUUACUUUUCUGUAGGAUCUGAUGUCACAGAGAUAUUCAAGAUUACAAGUGAACAAAUCAUUGGUUACCUCAAUAUUCUCCUUCAUAGAAGGAAAAAGAUCACGGUUGAUGACUUAUUGGAUUAUAUAGCCAAGAGAAAGAAUGAAAGCCGUGAAAAUCUUUGUGUACGAAUACAAAGUCUGGGUAUGCACAUUGGUAAUAUCAUGCGUGGAAGGCGAUCUGAGUUCACCUUGCUAAAGAAGUGUUCUGAUGGAUUAGAUAUUGAAUCAAAACUUGAUGACAAUGAUGAUAAUAAUGGAGAGGCUACCAAUUAUGAGGAAAAUGAUAACAUACAGGAUUCUGGCAAUUCUUCAUUUCCAACUGAGAUCGAUCGUAAUGUGCUUUCUUCUCAAGACAAAAAAGUGUGCAAUGAUCAUGGUGUUUCAUUUGAUCAAGGAAAACAAGGACCUGAAAAUAACUUUUGCACGGCAUAUGUAGUUCAUAGAAUACCCAAACAUCGGAUGCUUGGGAUCGAGCUUAAACAAGAGUUUCAAAGUGGUGAUGUGGAAACAGGAUUCAUAGAUGAUAAUGCAGUUGAUGGGUAUACAUGGAUGUUCAUUAAGAUCUGGAAAGACACUUGUGAAAAAGAGAACGUAAAUGAGACAUUUGGCAAGAUGAUUGACUUUUAUAAUGGUCCAAUGAAGCCAAAGAAGAAAAUGAAAGCUCUAAAUAAAGUUAGGGCACCUCCAUAUGUUGAAUUGCUAAAUGUUGCUAUUGCAUCUAUGAAGUUUGGUUUGUGGGAUCGUAUUAGUUCCACCCCUCAAGCAAAUGCAAACUCCAGCACAACUGCAUUUGAUGUUGAGCCAGCUGAAAAGGGUGUUUCAGGGUGUCAUGCUGAUGAUAAUGCACUUAAUGAGCGUACAAUGCUGUUCAUUAAGAUCUGUAGGGGCGCCUGUGAAAAAGAGAAUGUAGUUGAGUCAUUUGGCAAGAUGCUUGACUUUUAUCAUGGUCAAAUGAACUCAAAGAGGAAAACCAAAGCUUUAAAUAGUAUGGCAUCAUCAUAUCCAUAUGUCGGAUUGCUAAAUGUUGCUAUUGCAUCUAUAAAGUUUGGUUUGUGGGAUCAUAUCUGUUCUACCUCUCAAGCAAACAGUAAAGAGGGGCCAUCAAAUGCAAAUUUGGGGACAUGUGCACUUGAUGGGAACACGGAUGUUGAUCCAGAUGAAAAGGAUGUUGUGGAGGGUAGUGUCUGCAUUGCUCUUGAAGAUCUUCUGAAGUAUAUCAAGACAUAUUUUGCGUUCCCAGAUCAUGAUCUAGACAAUGUAAGUUCUUAUCCGAAGAAACAGCUGAUCUUUCUAAGGGAGAUCUGCAAACUAGAAAGAUCUCUAACUCAAAAGUUUUCCAUCAAAGACUUUGAGAUCCUUGGUUUUGGACACAUUUUUACUUUCUUAAUGGAUCACAUUUCACUACUACCAACCACAUGGCAAAACUGCUUCGUGAUCACUGACAAAGAUGAAAAGCCUUCAGUUAAAGUUUUCAUGAGCCAACCUUAUCUUCUUGAACUGUUAUCUGAAGCUGCUAAUAGCUUACAAGAAAAUGAAACCUUAAGCACAUUGAUGGUUUCCAAGUUAUUAAGAAUGCAAUACCCUUCUAGUGGUCUUACAUUACUAGAAGAUGAUUUCACAGCAGAUGUUUUGACUACUAUGAGCAAGAAUGGUCAUAAUGCAAGCUCAAAUGCUGUGUUGUUUUCUUCAACUCUAUCUACUUUUUGGGAAGAUAAGGGUUUCUCAGUGACCCAUGUUUGCACGAAGGAUACAGUUGAAGUUUUACUUAGGGCUCCAAUGUUUGUAGAUUUAGCCACAUGGUCUCACUGGGAGAUUAAGUAUGCACCUUCUUUAGGUCCUCUUGUGGGUUGGUUGUUAAGUGAAGUAACCACAAAGGAGUUGCUUUGUUUAUUGACAAGAGAUGGGAAAGUUAUACGGAUUGAUCAUUCAGCUACUGUUGAUUCAUUCUUUGAAGCUUUCCUCCUUGGAUCUGCUUUUGAAACUGCCCUAAAGCUGCUAUCUUUGAUUUGUUUAUAUGGUGGUGAACAAAAUGUACCCUUGCCUCUUCUAAAACGAUAUGCAAAGAAUGCAUUUGAAGUCAUUUUGGACAAAAAUGACCCUGAAAAAGGCGCAAGGUUUUUCCUUGACUGUGUGGGGUUACUACCUAAAGAGUUCCAAAGUUUUGCAGCCGAGUUGUUGGUUUCUGCAUUUCGUUCAAUCAUCAAAGAUGCUCAUGAUGUGAUCUUAAGUGAAUGCAAAUGUAAAGAGGAUCAUCUGAUGAUCCAUGAGCUUGGAUUGUUUCUAGGCGUAGUGGAAUGGCUUGAUGAUUACUGUACAUGUUCUUUUGAAUCCAAAGAAUCCUCAAAGAGAUUUGGUUCAAAAGAUGAAGUUAUUAUUACGCCCCUUGAAGUCAAACAGGCUACUGAUGAUUGUAAAAGAGAUAACGUGAAGACUCAUAGAGUGCAAAGUGGUGAUGUUAGUUUCAUUAGGUCUAUGUCAGACUCUGCCAGAGAGAAUGAUGCAGCUAAUAUUAUCGAGUCCAUUAGAAUCCAAGAAUUUGGUCUGGAUCCAAAAAUUUCAAGUUUAGAAAGUAGCAUUUUGAAAAAGCAACAUGCUCGCUUAGGAAGAGCACUUCAUUGCCUAUCACAAGAAUUAUAUUCUCAAGACUCACAUUUUCUCUUAGAGCUUAUUCAGAAUGCUGAUGAUAAUGUCUACCCAAGAAACGUGGAGCCAACUUUGACAUUCAUUCUUGAGGAGAAAAGUAUUGUUGUCAUGAAUAAUGAGAAUGGUUUUUCUGGUGAGAACAUCAGAGCACUUUGUGAUGUUGGAAAUUCUACCAAGAAGGCAUCUAAUGCUGGUUAUAUUGGCAAGAAAGGAAUCGGAUUCAAAUCAGUAUUUCGGGUUACUGAUGCUCCAGAAAUUCAUUCUAAUGGAUUCCAUAUUAAGUUCGACAUAAGCGAGGGUCAAAUUGGUUUUGUUUUGCCAACAAUCGUCCCUCCUUGUGAUAUUGAGUUGUUUACAAACCUUGUUUCAUUUGAUACUACUGAUCAAGUGAAUAUACACCAAUGGAAUACAUGCAUUGUGCUUCCCUUUAAGUCAAGCCUAACAGAAACUUCUGAUUUUGAUAACAUCACAUCAAUGUUUUCCGAUCUUCAUCCAUCUCUAUUGCUCUUUCUUCAUCGUCUACAAUGUAUCAAAUUCAGAAACAUGCUUACUGAUUCAUAUAUCACCAUGAGGAAAGAAAUCGUUGGAAAUGGACUAAUCAAUGUUUCCCAUGGGAGUAAAACAUUGACAUGGUUUGUAGAAUCCCAUACAUUGCAUGCUAAUGGAAUCCGAGAUGAUGCCAAAACUACUGAAAUUUCGAUUGCUUUUCCACUGGAAGAAUCAGGAGAUGGUAAUUACAUUCCAAAGAUGGAUCAACAGUAUGUUUUCGCGUUUCUUCCUCUUCGAACAUAUGGUUUCAAGUUUAUUAUCCAAGCUGAUUUUAUCCUUCCAUCUUCAAGAGAAGAAGUUGAUGGAGACAGUUCAUGGAAUCAAUGGCUGCUAUCAGAGUUUCCAAGCUUGUUUGUGAAGUCUGAGAGAUCUUUCUGCAACAUUCCUGGUUUUCAUGAUUGUCUUGGAAAAGGUGUUUCUUCCUUUUUGAGCUAUGUUCCUCUUGUUGGAGAAGUGCAUGGUUUUUUUGCUUCACUUCCAAGAAUGAUCAUAUCAAAGUUAUGCACGUCUAACUGUCUUCUUCUAGAAGGGGAUAAUGACAAUUGGGUCCCACCAUGUAGGGUUCUAAGAAACUGGAAUGAAGAGGCUCGAGAACUUAUGCCUGAUAGCAUGAUUCAGAAGCAUCUUGGCCUUGGGUACUUGAAUAAAGAUAUAGUUAUAUCCGAUUCACUCGCAAGGGCAUUGGGGAUUGAGAACUAUGGACCUAAAAUCUUGGUUCAAAUGUUAUCUUCUUUAUGCCUUAUGAAAGAAGGUUUAAGAUCAAUGGGGUUUAGUUGGCUAUCAUCUUGGCUUAAUUCUUUCCAUGAAAUGUCCCUUCUUGGAGUUAGCUCUGAUAUCAUGAAUACCCUCAGAAGAACACCCUUCAUUCCUCUUUUAAACGAUUGUUUUACUUCGAUUGAUGAGGGUAUGAUUUGGAUGAAUUUGGAGAAAACAUCUGACAGAUUGUUUGCUGAUCUUCGAGUCGUUAAUCCUGCACUUUUUGAUUGUUCAAACACCUUGAACUUAACUCAAAUUCUUUCCAAAGUUGGUGUCCAAAAGCUCUCUGCACAUCAAGUAGUAAAAUCACACGUCCUUCCAGCUAUUUGUGACAAGAAGAAUACAGUGAAUAAAGAUCUCAUGACAGAAUACUUAUCGUUUAUCAUGGUUCACCUACAAUCUAGCUGCUCAGAUUGUCGUAUGGAAAGGGAGAAAAUAAUUUCAGAGGUCUAUAAUAAGGCUUAUAUUUUGACAAAUCAUGGAUUUGUUCUACCUUCUGAGGUGCCAAUCCAUUUCAAUAAUGAUUUUGGAAAUCGUAUUGAUACACAAAUUCUGAUCAAUGGCAUUGAUGUAAAAUGGUAUGAGGUUGAUAAAAUUUAUUUGAAGUAUUCAUCAGAUAGUUGUAUACUCAACUGGAGGAAAUUUUUAAAUGAACUACAAGUCACUGAUUUUGUGCAAAUCAUUCGAGUUGAGAAGACUGUUUCUGGAUCAACAAUUAGUGAUUGGGAGUCUCCAGAGUUGGUUGAUUUGCUGGAGAAAAUUUCGGAGAGUGGUGAUUGUAAAAAAUGCAAACAUUUAUUGGAGAUUCUUGACACGAUAUGGGAUGAUUAUUUUGGUGAUAAGGUUUUAGGUCUUUGCAAUAUGGAUGGAGAAAGCAAGUCUUUUAGGUCUGCAGUUGUAACUGCUCUUAACAAUGUUCCAUGGGUGGUUUCUAGCAUGGAUGAAGGGCUUUUUUGUCCUAAAGAUUUGUUUCAUAAUUGUGAGGCUGUGAGGUCAAUUUUGGGUGAUAACGCCCCUUAUGCUGCCUCAAAGAUUCAAAGUGAGAAGCUGAUUACCAGCAUUGGUUUUAAGGUUACUGUUUCUCUUCAUGACGCCUUAUCUGUUCUUGAAGUCUGGAAAAGAUCAUCCACAUCUAUGAAAGCUAGCAUAUCACAGAUGUCUAGGUUUUACUCGUUUGUAUGGAAUGAAUUGGGUUCUUCAAAUCAGAAUAGCAUGGUGAACUUAGGGAGUGAUGAAGCGUUUAUAUUUGUUCCUUUUUCAUCUGAUUCUUCAAGUGAAAUUGUGCCUGGUGUUCUUUUAUCCCCUCAUGAGGUGUAUUGGCAUGAUGGUUUGAUCAAUCCUCAGAUCGAAUUGAGCAAAAUGUUAAGCAGUUUAUAUCCAACACUUCAUGACUUUUUUGUUAACCAAUGUGGUGUAAAGGAGAACCCUCCACUUGUAGAUUACUUUGCACUCUUACGUUAUUUAUCAACUGUUGAUACUCCAACAAAGGCUGCUAAAAAGGUUUUUGAUGUUUUUGUUAUGUGGGGCGAUGGAAUAAAAUCUGGGCUACUGAGUUUUGAGGAUGUUGACAUGUUGAAAAAGAAUCUUGAAGAAAAGGAUACAAAGGUGCUUCCCACCUCAAACGAUAAUUGGGUUUCAUUACAUCCAUCAUUUGGGCUAGUUUGUUGGUGUGAUGAUGAGAAUCUUGCUAAUGAAUUUGAGGACAUAAAUAAUAUUGAUUUUAUUCGUAUGUGUGAACUCACUGAUGAAGAAAAAGAAAUGCUUGAAAUGAAAGUUUCUGUUCUCAUGAAAAUGCUAGGAAUCCCUUCUCUUUCAGAGCUUGUUACUCGUGAAGCAGUAUAUUAUGGACCAGUUGACAAUAGCUAUGAGACUUCUUUACUGAAAUGGGUUCUUCCAUAUGCUCAACGUUACAUAUGUAACACGUAUCCUGAAAGAUAUCUCCAACUAAAGCUGUCUGGAUUUGAAAAACUCAAUCGACUGCAGAUUGUUGUUGUGGAAAAGUUAUUCUAUAAGAACGUUAUAAAAAGAUCAAAGUUAGCGUCCAAGAAGAGACAUGAUAGUAGCUGUUUCUUUCAGGAUGAGAUCUUGUAUGCAACGCCUGAUUCAGAUUCUCAUUCGAUAUUCAUGGAGCUUUCUCAUUUUCUGAUGAACGGGAAUCCCGAAUUGCACUUGGCAAAUUUCCUUCACAUGAUCACAACCAUGACUGAAUCAGGUUCCACUGAACAACAAAUAGAAACUUUUGUGUUGAAUAGCCAGAAGGUGCCAAAACUCCCAGAUGACGAACCAGUAUGGUCAAUUCAACCGACAGAAUGGAAUCUGGAGACAUACUCCACAACACGUGUCACAAAAAGAAUCGACAACCCCACCACACCAUCUUCCCAAAGCAACAGAAACUGGCCACCGGCCACCUGGAAAACCGCCCCCAAAUUCAAUUUGAAUGAUCUCAAGAUCAAAGAUGUCGCUAAGCAAAUUGAAAACUCGAACCCUAAGGAUGAUGGUGGAAUCGGAGGUGGUGAUUGUGUUGAUGGGGAACCUGAUUUGGUUGACCUAGAUCCUCCGGCGAGUUUUAGUGAAAGGGAUCAGCUUUCACAUGGGACAACGAAUGUUCAGCAGGCGGCUGUUACAGGGAGACGUGGUGAGGAAAUGGCGUUCAAAUACUACUUGAGAAAAGCCAAUAAGAAUGUAGUGAGAUGGGUGAAUGAAGAUGGUGAGACUGGGCUUCCGUAUGAUAUUGAAGUCUGUGAUGAGGAAAACCGGAAGGAAUAUAUUGAAGUCAAAACGACUGAUUCUGCAGAUAAAGACUGGUUUGAGAUAUCGGUUAGAGAGUGGCAGUUUGCAGUUGAAGAAGGUGAAUGUUUUAGCAUAGCGAGGGUUGUUUUGUCCGGUGGUGAUAAAACUGGUCGAGUUACCGUGUUCAAGAAUCCGGCGAGGCUUUGCCGACUUGGCCACCUGAAGCUGGCUGUUUUGAUGUCGAAGCAGCAGAAGGAAGAGUUUGUUCUAUGUUGAUCUAAGCUAUCAAUUGCGCGCUAUAGCGUGCGUUUUGCGGAGGUCAGGAACCGCUAUUUUCAACUUAGCGUUUUCAUUUUGCGGUACCGCUAUUAGCGGCGCUAUUCACCGCUAUUUCACUAACCGCUAUAGCGGCGCUAUGGGCGCUAUUCCAUUUUCGUUCACAUUUAGGGUCAUUUUGUUACUUUGUCAAUGAAAAACUAGUUUUAAUGAUCUCACUACACUUUCAUUUUAAAAUGCCCAAACAACUAACAUAAUUAAAAGCAUUCAAAGCAACUACGUCUACCGACAACUCUCUUUCUCAUCUUUUUUUUGUACUCACAACGACUUCAGCUGCUACGGUCAGACUCCAUUAAU